AUAUUAUUUGGUGAGUGUUGUGGGUGUAAAGGUGAAAAUGUACAAGACAAAGUUGCAAGAGUUUUGCCACAAGAGAAGGUGGGGUUUGCCUAGGUACUCUGCUAUGAAAGAUGGACCAGAUCACAUGCCAAGCUUUAAGGCUUCUGUUUUUGUUAAUGGUGUCACCUUUACUUCUGGUGCCUUUAGUUCCUCUAAAGAAGCACAUAACCAAGCUGCCAUGCAUGCUUUUCUCAGCUUCUCUUCAGCUACUGAACAGGAUACAAAAGAGCAAAUUGGACAGGUGAAACCUCAGGAUAUUCCAAUUCCAGCACGAUCUUCAUCCAUUAUAGAUGAUAUGGAUCGUUUGUGCAAAAAUCGCCUGCAGAACUAUGCUCAAAAGAACAAUCUUGAUCCACCUGCUUUUACUUGUAAAGCUGAGGGCCCGCCUCAUGCCACUCACUUUAAGGCCACAGUCCUGUUUAAUGGGCAAUCUUUUGAAAGUCCUUCAUUUUUCAAUAGUUUGAAAGAGGCAGAGCAGGCUGCUGCAAAACUUGCUUUGAUGUCAUUGUCACUUGAUCUCUUUAAGAAGGGUGACUCUGGUCCAUUCAAGACUUUACUGUUCAAAUUAACUCAGAGAGAAAGCCUUUGCAAACCAACAUAUAAGACUAUACAAUCUGGUUCUCCUCAUAUGCCAACUUUCUUCUCUACUGUGGAAGUUGAGGGCAUGGAAUUUCACGGAAAAGGAGGUAGAUCUAAAAAACAGGCUGAACAGGAUGCUGCAAAGAUUGCUUACAUUGCCUUAAAAGAGUGUAUGUUGAUUUGUCCCUCUACAAUGGCAUCCAUCUCCGAUUUUCUUGUCAUGCAUAAGAACCAUUUUCAGGAAUUUUGAUAUAUUGUAUAAAUUUGAUCUCUAUUCUUGUGUAUCUUGAACAACUUGAAAUUUUCAUGUUUAGCAUGAUAUUUUG